AUGCGUUGGUUGGGAAGUUUUUGCUUCGCCGGCCAGUGCUUGAUGCGAUUAGAAUUUUUUUUUUUCAACCUCAAACUUUCUGGCGAGUUCACGGUCACUAUUUUGAAUCCGAAUAAUGUUUUGAUCAAGCUUGCCAAUGACCUCGAUUAUGGUAGAAUUUUUGCUCACAGAUCUUACUUUAUAUUUGGGUGCUUUAUGAAGAUUAUUAAAUGGAACCCUUACCUUGACUUGUCGGAAGAAUCUCCUAUCGUCCCCGUGUGGCUUUCUUUCCCUGAACUUCAUCCCCACCUUUUCUCCCCGCGCAUUCUCUUCGGCUUAGGUUCUAUCUUUGGUCGGCCUAUUCAAUCGGAUAAUAACACUGCGGUGGGUUCUCGUCCUUUUGUGGCUCGUAUUCUUGUGGAAAUGGACAUUUCUAAAUCUCACCCCCAUUCAGUUUGGCUUGGUCCUGAUAGUUUGUGUUAUAUUCAAAAGGUUGUUAUGGAAGGUUUGCCUAGUUUUUGUUCUCAUUGCAAAGAGGUGGGUCAUAAAAACUCUGAUUGUGUUAAAUUGCAUCCUUUGUUGAGGAAGGUUGCAGCCCUUGUCCUGCUGAAUCCUAUUAUGCCGGAAGUGGUUAUGCCUCAAGUUUUGAAUGAUUUAGCUAUUGACAAUGAGGAUUGUGGUAAUGUGAGCUCUCGUGAUGUUGGCUUUCCUGUUUCGGUGGGGAAGUUGGUGGGCAAUCUGGAUCCUUCUCCAGGUGUUGCCUUGGCCGGUUCUCAUAUUGUGGGCCCUUCUGAUAAUAUGUUGGUUUCUUUUGAUAAAUUGGGUGGUGUUAACCAACUGGCUAUGGAUGUGGCUAUUGAUGGUAGUGAGGGUGAUAUAGUGGUAAGUGAUAAUGUGAUUUUUCCCGUGGUGGUUAGUCAUAAUGCUAUACCGUCGAAUAUUGUUCUACGUGUUAUUAUGCCCCGUUUGUUAAAUGAGGAAGUUGUUGAGCCCUUUGCUCUGAGUCCAUUGGGGAAGGGUUGUGCGAUUGCUGUUGCCUCUUCGGACUGUCUUGAUUUCCCGGAUGUUGCCGGUGUGGUGCACUAG